AUGUGCGCCAUAAGGAGAUACUGUGUGUUUGUGUUCGUGCUCAGGAGUGUUCUGUCGGACCCGGGAACCACGAACCAAGUGGUUCUGCUGGACACCACAACGGUGCUUGGAGAGCUGGACUGGAAGACCUAUCCCGUGAACGGGUGGGACGCUAUCACAGAAAUGGAUGAGCAGAAUCGACCAAUCCACACGUUCCAGGUGUGUCAUGUGAUGGAGCCCAAUCAAAACAACUGGCUCCGGUCGGGAUGGAUCAGACGACAGGCAGCACAAAGGGUGUAUGUGGAGCUGCGUUUCACUCUCAGAGAUUGUAACUCCAUUCCCUGGGUGUCUGGCACAUGUAAAGAGACCUUCAACCUGUUCUACCUGCAGUCUGAGGAGCCGCUGCCCUCCACCACGCGCUUCAGGCCCACGGACUACGCCAAGGUGGACACGAUCGCGGCGGAUGAGAGCUUCACACAGACUGAUCUUGGAGACAGAGUUCUCCGCCUGAACACUGAAGUCCGCGAGGUCGGGCCCAUCACAAGAAAAGGAUUCUACUUGGCUUUUCAGGAUGUGGGAGCGUGUAUAGCUCUGGUGUCUGUCAAGGUGUUCUACAAGCGCUGCCCCUCCACCAUGAGAAACCUGGCGGCGUUUCCGGACACGGUGCCGCACAUGGACUCGUCGUCUCUGGUGGAGGUGAGAGGGGCGUGUGUGGAGAAUGCAGAAGAGCGCGACACUCCCAAACUGUACUGCGGCGCCGACGGCGACUGGCUGGUCCCGCUGGGUCGCUGUGUCUGCAGCAUCGGCCACGAGGAGACGGACGGACACUGCCAGGCUUGUAAACCUGGAUUCUUCAAGGCGUUUGGGGGAAACACAAAAUGCUCCAAGUGUCCUCCUCACAGCUCCAGCCACGAUCAGGCCGCCACCGUCUGCCACUGCGACAAGAGCUUCUACCGAGCGCUCAAAGACCCCUCCACCAUGGCCUGCACGAGACCCCCGUCAGCUCCCAGGAACGUGGUGUCCCUGAUAAACGACACGGCGCUGUUCCUUCAGUGGAUGCCUCCGCGGGACAGUGGGGGCAGGAAGGACCUGUCCUAUAACGUGUUGUGCCAGCGCUGUGACGCUCUGGACAGCGGGGGGAGCCAGUGCGAGCCCUGUGAGCCCGACCUGCGCUUUAUCCCCAAAGCGCUGGGCCUGACCGGGACGUCUGUGGCGAUCCUGGAGUACGCCGUACACGCAAACUACACUUUCCACGUGGAGGCGGUGAACGGGGUGUCGGGGCUGGCCGUGGCGGCGAGGUCCUUGGCCAAUAUCACCGUGAACACGCACCAGGCUGGUCCGGCGCUGGUGGGGGUGGUCAGAAAGGACUGGGCCACUGAGAACAGCAUCGCCCUCUCCUGGGAGCAGGUGGAACAGCCUCCAGCAGACGUGGUGGAUUAUGAAGUCAAGUACUAUGAAAGGGUAAACCCGCAGCUGAGUUACUCUUCGACCCGCACUCGGACGCCCAGUGUGGUGGUGACGGGCCUCAGACCCUCCACGGUCUAUGUGUUUCACGUGCGCACACGGACCACGGCCGGAUUCACCGCCUACAGCCCCAACUUUGAGUUUUCUACAGCGGCCGAAGAUCCUGAUGUCGCAGACCAGGGACAGGUUUUGGUGGUGGUCACGGCUUCGGUGGGCGGGUUCUCGCUGCUGGUCAUCCUCACCCUGUUCCUCCUCAUCACUGGACGGUGUCAGGGGUAUAUCAAAGCCAGGAUGAAGUCAGAGGAGAAGCGAAGGACACGUUUCCACAGCGGACAUGUGCCGUUUUCUGGGAUUAAGACAUACGUGGAUCCAGACACAUAUGAAGACCCAGCUCAGGCCGUGGAGGAGUUUGCAAAAGAGAUCGAUCCUUCGUACAUCUGCAUCGAGAGGGUGAUUGGAGCAGGUGAGUUUGGCGAGGUGUGCAGUGGGCGUCUGCGUUUACCGGGCAGGAUGGACGUCCCCGUGGCAAUAAAAACGCUCAAAGGAGGAUAUUCAGAACAGCAGAGGCGGGACUUUCUGCGAGAAGCAUCGAUCAUGGGUCAGUUCAGCUGCACCAAUAUCAUCCGACUGGAAGGAGUCGUCACCAACAGCAGACCGGUCAUGAUAGUUGUGGAGUACAUGGAGAAUGGGGCCCUGGACUCGUUCUUAAGGAGUCGUGAUGGUCAGUUCACCGUGCUGCAGCUCGUGGGUAUGCUGCGGGGCAUCGCUCUGGGGAUGACCUAUCUGUCAGACAUGGGCUACGUGCACCGGGAUCUAGCAGCGCGAAACAUUCUGGUCGACAAGAGUCUGGUGUGUAAAGUGUCUGAUUUUGGCAUGUCCCGAGUGCUGGAGGACGACUCUGAGGCGGCGUACACGGCCACAGGAGGGAAAAUACCAAUACGCUGGACGGCACCAGAGGCGAUCGCUUAUGGGAAAUUCUCAUCUGCCAGUGACGUGUGGAGCUUCGGGAUCGUCAUGUGGGAAGUGAUGUCUUAUGGAGAAAGGCCGUACUGGGAGAUGUCCAACCAAGAUGUGAUUUUAUCCAUAGAAGAAGGCUAUCGUCUCCCCGCGCCGAUGGGCUGUCCCGUCACUCUGCACCAGCUCAUGUUGCACUGUUGGCAGAAGGACGCGGGACAACGACCAAACUUCACUGAUGUCCUCUCCUUCCUCGAUAAACUCAUCAUUAGCCCUGGGAGUCUGCUAACUCUGGCAAACGACGCUCAAAGCUUAACUGAGUCGCCAGAGGAUCUUCCAGACUAUCCUCUGUUCAUCUCCAUCGGCGACUGGCUCGACUCCAUCAAAAUGAGCCAGUACAAGAACAACUUCCUCGCAGCAGGAUACACAACUCUGGACUCCAUCUCCACCAUGAGCAUAGAUGACAUUAGACGAAUCGGCAUCUGUUUGAUCGGUCACCAGAGACGGAUCAUCAGCAGCAUACAGUCUCUGCGCCUCCAGCUUCACCACAUCCAGCAGAACGGCUUUCAAGUCUGAGCUCCCAUCAGUAAAAACUGUUGAACUGAACUGGAAGUGAAGCAGAGACCUUCCACAUCACCAUUUGAUUAAUUGCAAAAACACCAGACUGUUAGGUGUAGCAGGUUAUACCACUCACCGCUCAUUUGGGAGCUGUCAGGUGCUUGGCCAGAUGUCGUCUAGUUAAAAUCACACACGUAUCAUCUUUAGAUCUUCAGAAAUACUGUCACCCACAACAACCAAACCUCUGUCAGAGCUCGACAAACUCUCAAGAACUCAGCAACCGCAUCUCACUUGAAUUUUGGACCGACUUUCUUCCCGUAGUAUUUUCAAGUGUUCACAAUACCUCUUCUCUCUCCAAGUGACAAUCUGAGAUAGACUUUGAAAGGUGUCCAGUUACCUCAUGAGCUGAGAUGGUGUGAGAUGUGUGGUAAG